GGUUAGGUGUAGGGUUGGUGUAGGGCAAUAGCACAUACAGUUUGUACAGUAUAAAAACCAUUACGCCUAUGGAGAGUCCCCGUAAACCACUAAAACAAACGUGUGUGUGUGUGUGUGUGCGCACUUGCAAGGGUUAAAUGCAGAGCACAAAUUUCGAGUAUGGGUCACCAUACUUGGCCACACACCACUUCCCUCUCCUUUACAAUAUACAUGUAUCACUACAUCGAGAGCCAGUAAUGAGAAUGACUACACGAUUAACCAGAGUCUGACUAAACCAAAGCUGGAGCUGACUCAAGGACUGAUGUGCUGCUUCACAAAUAUCACUGUCUGCAAUUAAACGCCUUUGGUUUAAUUUCUGAUGUCAUGUAAUGGUUUUAUAUCACAAAUUUAAUGGUUGUACAUUUUGAGGUUGCAUGUGCAUUAAGCAUUCAUUAUGUUAAUACAUCUUUGUUCUUUCUUUCAGCUCGUUAUCUGAGAGAAUCACUCUUCAUUUGCCGCUGUUUCCAGAGUGAAUUCAGUCUAUAAAAUAACAACCAUCAGCUCACAGACACCAUCAUCUACUGAUGAACAUCUUCAAGCCACAGUCUGAUCCAGGUAAGAUCAUGUGUAUAUUAUGUAAUGUAGCUUUGGGGGGUUUCUUUCAGGUCCUUGUCUGAGCCACUUCUCAUUUUAGGGGUUGUGUUCAAUAAUGAGGCGAUCAGCUCAUAAACAUCUGGCUUGUAAUUGUCAUUAUGAUUGCAGUUUAGGUCAUGUUAUCUCAUGUAUGAGUUCAUAUGGUGUUAACUAUAUUUGUAUUCAUGGUAUCGCUGAUGGUUAAUCAAACUAAUUAAUUAAAAGUCUGUGCAAUUUCAGUUUUACUAUCAGCACUGAGUGGAAUAACGACACAUUUCUGUUUCCUAAAGAAAACAUCUGAGUUCACAAAGCAGCAAGAGAAUUAGGAAAGUCUGAGCAUUUGUGCUUCUCUUAGUGUUUGAAGGUUUCUUAUUUGACUGAGGAAGUGAAAAACACUGUGAACAAUAAACUAGAAAACAUGUGCCAAAAAAAAAAAAAAAAAAAUCAAUCAAUCACUCAAACUACCCUUUUUGACUACCAUCUGUUUAUUUUAUUUGUCAUUACUCGUCUUAUUUCUGCGUAUGCCGAAUAAACUGUUGCUCAAUAAACACCAUUCACUGCAGCUUCCUAGUCGUCUCUCUCCUUACAUCACAGUAAGAUCUCACUAUUUCCAUCAGAAAUGACACAGUUAAACUUACCAAAUGGAAAAGUUUACUCACUUUUGUUUGUAUUUCCACUAUGUUCUCCAUCAGAUCAACAGCGCUUGGAUGUUUUUUUUUUACGGUGUGGAGUUGAUGGCGCUGAACGUUCUCCUUUGACUUCUCUGUGGAAAAAGAAACACAAACCAACUGGACAAGUUCUGUCAUAAAUUGUUUCCUCUCAGGAAUUUGUGAAACGAUGGCACAACAUAACAUCAGCAUCAAUGGCUCAACUGCAUCAGAUGAUGAUUUACGUUAUUGGGAGCUGAGGAAAUUACAAAUGAAAAAGGAUUAUGCAGAACUUUUAUUUGUCAGUGUCCUUUCAGUCGUUGAGAUCCCAAUCAUGAUCUUAACUCUGAUCGCCUUGUGUUUCAUCAUCAAAUCUCGGCCUGCUGUUUCAGUUUUUGUUAGUAAUUUGAUACUUUCAGAUCUCAUACAGGUCAUUUGUAUGUUAAUAGGAACAGCAGAAUGGACACAGGAACUGUAUACUGCAUAUGACUAUUCUAUGAUGGUGGGUCUGUAUUUUAUGGCAUGUGUGGCUUCUGAACGAUAUCUUCUGGUUUCUCAUCCUAUCUGGUACAGAUCUCACCAGUCACUCAAACUCUCCUGUUUUAUUUCUGUGAUCGUCUGGUUUGUGCCUCUGAUCAUUGCAAAAGUGAAACCCCCUCGUAUAUUUUUUGAAGAUCUAGACUGGUGUAUAGUAUGUUUAAUUCCUUACAUCAUCAUCAUUCUCUGUUUUGCUGGCACUUGUCGAGGUCUUUCUCGUUCAAUAUCACUGACUGCUCUUCAGCGCAAAUUAAUUUUGGGCAGUUUGUUCCUGGUGCUGUUGACUUACACACUUCUCAUUCUGCCUUUUGUGAUUAUGUUAUUAAUUCAACCUUUUUGUUCCAAUGACAAUUUUGUUGAGAAAUGUAUCUACUGUGCAGAAAUGCUCAUGUAUGUGAAUCCACUUGCUGACUGUUUGCUGUAUCUGUUCAUGAGGCCUGAUGUUCGUAAUAUGAUGAAGUCUGUUCGCUGCUGUUGUAGACGUCAGAGAUCGAAUCACAACCAGGACGAACACUCUGUAGUGAAUCCACAGAACAGCUGCUGUACUGUAGUGUGCUGUAUUUCAGCUCAAGAGCCUGCAUCUCAUUCACUGAACACCUGCAGCUCAGUUUAACACGCUGCUAAAUAUAGAGCUGAAAAACACUGUUAUAUUUAAUUGAAGUCAGUAUAAUUAAUGUAUUAUAAUAUAAUUAAAUAAUUAGUAAAUUGAAUUUUAUAAAAUUAAUUAAUAAAAAAAUAAAACAAUUAUUAUUUUAAUAUUUAUUAAUAAUAAUAUUAUUUGAUCCCCUGCUGAUUUUGUACAUUUGACAAAGAAAUUAUCAGUCUAUCAUUUUAAUGGUAGGUUUAUUUUAACGGUGAGAGACAAUAACAAAAAAAUCCAGAAAAACGCAUUUCAAAAAAGUUAUUCAUUGAUUUGCAUGUACACCGUUUGGAUUAAAUGAAAGUACAGCCACAUUUUAUCUUCUGUAUAGACUUUACAAAAAGAUACCAUUCAUUUAAAUGACUUCAUGUUAUUAUCUAACAUCAACUUACAGUGAGUGAACAAAAUAUUUUUACAACAUUAAUGUUUGUGAAUGUUAUUUAAUACAAACCCUUGAUCAUUGUGCAUUAAA